CUUACACACCCUCAUUCUGAGUCACUUAAGUUCAUCAAGUCCUUUCUGCUUCCUGUUUUUCACCAGUUCCUGUGCUGUAUUGACGCAACAUAGGAUUAGUUGGUGAGGCUAGCGCUCUGUGGGAGCUCGUGUUUACAGGUCUAAACAGGGAGAGCAGCGCCAAAGCCCGGUGAGAAGAGAGUGUGGAGAACUUCUGACACAUGUUUGUUGAGGAGACCAUAAGGGCUGCGCUUUGGAGAUUUACUGGUCGGAGGAGCUGACUGACGAUCGGGGGAGGUGGAGGUUAGGAACAGAGGGAGGUGACAGUAGGUGGGGGAGGAGGAUACCCCCUGCUUACACUCUGAACCAAGAACAGCCUCUAACCAACGAGGAGAAACAAACACGGCUGUAAACACCUCCUGAUGGAUCCUAUGGGAGGACCCUUUCUAAGGAUUCCCAAAGAUCACUAACGAUACAAACUUUAUAAGCUUAGAUAAACAGGGGAGAAAGCUUGUUUGGGAAUGGAGGCAUUGAGGGAAUCUUUCUUGCAUUUGACCUUUCAGAUGUCUACCUACAAGCGAGCUACCCUGGAUGAGGAGGACUUGGUGGACACCUCCCCAGAUGGGAUCUAUCCUUCCUCAGCCAUGCAGGUAACAGUGCACCGUGGUUCUGGACCAAGGUGUUGGACUGAGAGAACACACGUGGAGAGGAGAAUGGUGGUCGUGACAUGUGCACUUUCUCUGGCUUUGUUCAUCUGCAUUCUUACAUUAGGCAUACACUAUAGAGAGGGUCAUCCAGGGCUUUGUCUGUCAGAACCGUGCAUCACAGUCGCCAGUUCAGUUAUGGGGGCUUUAGACCGCUCAGUAGAUCCCUGUCAGGACUUUUAUAACUUUGCCUGCGGAGGCUGGAUGAAGAAGAACCCCCUGCCCGAGGGCAAGUCCCGCUGGGGCCCCUUCAGCAACCUUUGGGAGCACAAUAUGGCUGUGAUGAAGAACCUGCUGGAGAACACUACUAGGCAGGACCUGAGUAAAGCUGAACAGAAAGCCCAGUGGUACUACCAGGCCUGCAUGAGUGAAGCUAAGAUUGAGCAGCUUGGGGCGCAGCCACUGCAGGAGCUUAUCAACCAGACAGGUGGCUGGGCCUUAAACGGCCCUUGGGAUAAAGAUAAUUUCCAGGAGGUUUUACGCACAGUGUCAGCGAACUACCGCACUUCUCCCUUCUUCACGGUCUUUGUCAGCACAGACUCCAAAAAUUCCAACAGCAAUAUCAUUCAGGUGGACCAAUCGGGGCUGGGGCUGCCUUCCAGGGAGUACUACCUCAACAAGACAGCAAAUGAAAAGUAUUUGAAGGCGUACCUAGAUUUCCUGGUGGAGCUGGGGGUUCUUUUGGGGGGCUCGGAGGAGAACUCUCGGACCCUGAUGCAGGAGAUUGUGGACUUUGAGACCACCUUGGCCAACAUCACCGUUCCACAGGAGGAGCGACGAGACGAGGAACUUAUUUACCACAAAAUCCAAGCCAAGGACUUGGCAACACUGGCACCUGCCGUAGAUUGGAUGCCCUUCCUAAAAGCCGUGUUUGCCCCCGUUACUCUUAAUGAGUCGGAGCCUGUGGUGGUAUAUGCAAAGGAGUACCUGCAGAAAGUCUCCGACCUCAUCCAGAACACUAAUAAGAGUAUCCUGAAUAAUUACAUGAUCAUGAAGGUGGUGAGGAAAAUGGUUUCUAUCUUAGACCAGAAGUUUCAGGAUGCAGAGCAACGCUUCCUUGAAGUCAUGUAUGGGACCAAGAAGAGUUGCACUCCACGCUGGAAGCUGUGCGUCAGUGACACAGACAGUGCUUUAGGCUUCGCUCUCGGGGCCCUCUUUGUCAAAGCCACCUUCGCCGAGGACAGCAAGGCCUUUGCAGAAGAUAUGGUCUCUGAGAUCAAAUGGGCCUUUGAGGAUAGCCUGAAGUACGUAGGCUGGAUGGAUCCUGAAACCAAAAAAGCUGCCAAAGAAAAGGCAGAUGCAAUAUACAACAUGAUUGGAUAUCCAAAAUUUAUCAUGGAUCCCAAGGAGUUGGAUAAGGUGUUCAAUGAUUUUGAAGUAGUGUCUGAUCUGUACUUCAAAAACGUCAUGCACUACUAUAACUUCUCGGCAAGAGUGACAGCUGAUCAGCUGAGGAAGGCUCCUAACAGAGACCAAUGGAGCAUGACCCCGCCCACUGUGAAUGCCUACUAUAAUCCCACCAAAAACGAGAUGGUGCUUCCUGCUGGCAUCCUCCAAGCUCCCUUCUACAGCCGUGCCUGGCCAAAGGCACUGAAUUUUGGUGGUAUUGGUGUGGUCAUGGGACAUGAGCUAACCCAUGCUUUUGAUGAUCAAGGGAGAGAAUAUGACAAAGAUGGGAAUCUGCGUUCCUGGUGGAAGAACUCAUCAGUGGAAGCCUUUAAGCGGCAGACCCAGUGUAUGGUGGAGCAGUAUAGUAACUACACCAUUAACAAAGAGCCACUCAAUGGGAAGCACACUUUGGGAGAGAAUAUCGCUGACAAUGGUGGACUAAAGGCAGCAUACAAGGCUUAUGUGAACUGGAUUAGGAAAAAUGGGGAAGAGGAAACACUGCCUGCGCUUGGGAUGACAAACCAUCAGCUGUUUUUUAUUGGAUUUGCACAGGUGUGGUGCUCAGUUCGCACGCCAGAGAGCUCACACGAGGGUGUCAUCACAGAUCCUCACAGUCCAUCUCGAUUCCGGGUCAUUGGCACAGUCUCCAACUCGCAUGAGUUCUCCAAGCAUUUCGGUUGUAAACCAGACUCCCCCAUGAACCCAAGACGGAAGUGUGAACUGUGGUGAUACUAACUCAGCAUUCUAUUUACUGUCCUUACUCCUUAUUGUCCACAUGGGCAAAGUGAACAGAGGAGGAGAGGUCCUGGAUCUCUGAAGGCCUCCCUGACAUGGUGGUCUCAGAACUACUGCUUGCCCAGCUUUCCGUUCUCAGGUUGCAUUAUCUGGACUGCCAUAGCUGGAUGACUAACCAGCUCCUGUUCACUUCUUUUUGACAAGUGAUUUUAAAAACAUACAUUAAUUUUCCAAUGGACUUUUGUGUGCUAAUAGGAGGAGCACUCUAAACACUGGAAACCAACCAAAUGGUUACAAAAAUGGCAUCUUUUCUGCCAAUCAGGUUUUGCGACUUAAUGCUAUUCCAGCAUGUGCCUUUAUUUUUCUAAUGGGAAAUCAUAUUUAUUUUCUGUCUGUAAUUUCUUUGUUAUAUUUUUAUAUUCGUAAGUUUACUCUCAUAAUGUGCCACAAGAAUGUCUAAAUACAAGUGUUCUGUAAAUAUGUUAUACUGUCCCCACUAAAUUCAUCUGCAGAUUGUAAAUGUUUCAGGAUGCACUAUCUAAAUGUGAUUUCCAUAGUGCACACAUACAGCCAUUCAUUCAAACUUAUCAAAACUCUUCAUGAAACCUCAGCUCAUAUCUGGAAAACAAAUAGAAUAGCCAAAGAGUGGCUGGGAUUCCGAUUUAAAAUGGAACUGUGUCAUUUUUAGAUUCCAGCCAGUUUUCCUAAUCUAUGCGUAGAAAAAGAAGCCAUGCUGAAGUGCAGACUUGGAUGCUAUAUUAUGAUAAAUGGUUUUGAUUUUGCACUAUGGUGGUUAAGCAUAUUGUGGUUCUGGUAACAGACUGUGUUACCUUUUUGUCUAUAGUCAUCCGUGUAUAAUUGUUUCAUAAGAGGGGAGCUUAGAUUGUACAUACGGUUUGCUCCGCAGUCAUCGUUAGUGUGAGUCUCUGUGAAGUCAGAAUCAUGCUGUGCCAAACUUGAUACUUUGUUAAUUGUGGGUGAAGAAUGUGCAAGGCUGCUCCGUUCAACAUGAUCUGACUUGAGGCUUGAGGAGUAGUAGUUAAGUAUUUCGUGAAAAAAUACUGAUUAUAUUCUGACUCCAUUUGAAAGACUGAGAUGGCCAAAAAGUAUUUCAGUUUAACCAGCCUUUUUACUACAUAUAGAAAGCAACCUACACUCCUCAGUGUCAAUAUGUGAAUUAAUUGUACACUUAAACAACCUAAUCUUU